UUAGUCAAUGGGUGUGGUGCGAAGACGAGGAGUGAAGCUUUAGAGAAUUAAUGACUUGCGAGGAAUUAAUGGAUGUUAACUGUGCCUUUUGUGAAAAUAUUGUUUUUGUAAUGCCGCUGCCUUGAAAAUUUUCUUAUUAUAUUUAUCUUUGUAUGCGACAAAACACAUUUGAAGAGGACCGUACGCAGCCAAAAAGAUACAUUCAUAUUCCUGCAUUACAUUAGUUCCCCUUUUUCUAAAACAAGAGGGUAUAUUUUUUUUUCCUUCCUAUUGGAUUGUAUACCCCUCCCCCUCUUUUUCGCUUGAGAAACGUCUAUGAAAACAGAAAGCUGCGGAGCCGAUUCGGGGACCCUUGCGGAGGAGAGGUGCUGGGCUUCUGAACCGAAGGUACAAAGCGGGAAAACACCAAGGAACUUCUUUUCCAAAUAAUUUGUAACCAGCUGGACUAAUCUAUAUUAUCGGACCGACAGACGCCUUCAACAGCGAUACUGAUUGGCCAAGUGGUGGUGGUGGUGGUGGUGCUAACAUCAGAGCAUUAGCUUUUACCAAGGAUGAGUGAGUUGGAACAGUUGCGCCAAGAGGCAGAGCAACUACGAAAUCAGAUCAGGGAUGCGCGGAAAGCAUGCGGCGAUUCCACAUUAACCCAGAUCACAGCAGGCUUGGACCCUGUUGGCCGAAUCCAGAUGCGAACACGUCGCACACUGAGAGGUCAUCUUGCCAAAAUAUAUGCCAUGCAUUGGGGAUCUGAUUCCAGGCUGCUAGUAAGUGCUUCUCAAGAUGGGAAAUUAAUCAUAUGGGACAGCUAUACCACCAACAAGGUGCAUGCAAUCCCUCUCCGUUCAUCUUGGGUGAUGACUUGUGCGUAUGCGCCAUCUGGAAGCUAUGUUGCCUGUGGAGGUUUAGACAACAUUUGCUCCAUCUACAGUUUGAAAACGAGGGAGGGAAAUGUACGUGUUAGCAGAGAACUGCCAGGUCACACAGGAUAUCUGUCUUGCUGUCGUUUUCUUGAUGACAAUCAAAUCAUCACUAGUUCUGGUGAUACAACUUGUGCAUUGUGGGACAUUGAGACAGGUCAGCAGACCACAACAUUUACAGGACACAGUGGGGAUGUGAUGAGCUUGUCGCUGUCCCCAGAUUUUAAGACCUUUGUCUCCGGUGCUUGUGAUGCCUCUGUGAAACUCUGGGACAUCCGAGAUAGCAUGUGCCGGCAGACCUUCACUGGUCAUGAAUCAGAUAUCAAUGCCGUCUGUUUUUUCCCUAAUGGCAAUGCAUUUGCUACUGGAUCUGAUGAUGCCACCUGCCGCCUGUUUGACCUGCGAGCUGAUCAAGAGCUUAUGAUGUACUCCCAUGAUAAUAUCAUCUGUGGCAUUACCUCCGUGGCCUUUUCCAAAAGUGGCCGAUUGUUGUUGGCAGGCUAUGAUGACUUCAAUUGCAACAUCUGGGACUCAAUGAAGGGAGAUCGUACAGGUGUUUUGGCCGGACAUGACAACCGUGUGAGCUGCUUGGGUGUGACAGAUGAUGGUAUGGCUGUGGCUACUGGAUCCUGGGACAGUUUCCUAAAAAUUUGGAAUUAAUCUGUUGCCAUGGAACAUAUAUGCGCAUAUACACAAAUGCACGUACACACACACACACACAUACACACACACACACUUGACACAGGAAAACCUCUCGUAUGAUAAGUACCCAGUGAAAUUCUUCAUCUUCUGCUCUUGCUGAAAACACAAGGGUAGAGGAAGGAUAAGUCCACAGAUGGGGGCUAAAAAUGGGAGGUGAUUCUCAAGGACAGUUUACCUCCCUCUACCAUAAUCUCACUUGUAACAGAUACAGGUGAUUUUUUUUUUUUCCAUUUUUCUUUUUUUGUGUCCUGUUUAUACACUUAAAUCAGAAAAAAAGUUUGUAUAGUAGUUCAAUUUUAAAAUGUUUGGGUUUUUGGAGUGGAGUUGGGAGGGGGAGGGGGGGUUUGGAAAAGAUGGAGUGAAAUACAUUUAAAAGAAAAAAUAAUUUAGGAUCCGUUUUCUCUGCCAGAUUAUAAACACGUGUCAAAAUCAACUUUGUAUCUUCUACCUACACCCACGACAGAAUAUGCACACAUACACAUACAUAUAUAAAAACUAACCUAAUAAAUGACGUAUAUGAAGUGUUGGGGAACUAUGAAGGGCCUUGUUUACUGUUAGAUGCAGGGUUUGGGAGAUUCCUAUGUGAUGUCACUCCUCGAUGUGAGGCUGAGGUUGGGUCUUUGGCCCUUCUGCCAUUGAAACGUAAGUAGUGACAGCCCCUAAUCCCCACCCAAUGCUCCUCCAGCCCUGUGAGCUAGGCUUUGCAGUCCUGGUGAAGUGAUCCAUGCACGCACUACAGUAAACAGAAUGACUGACUUUAUAAGCACCAAUGUUGUUGGAUGUAUUGGUGUCUCCAAGAGCUAGCAGUACAUUUCUCUCCUCAUGUUUGCAGUAGCCCUUUAUAUUUAUGUGAGCCUGAAAUGUGAAUGCUGAGAAUGGACUCAAUGGAAUUUUUAAUUUUUGUUUUUUUUCUUCCUUUCUGUCUCCUGUAAAGCAGGGUUUUUGUGCCUUGUUGAUUUUACCCUGCCUUUUCAGACCCUUUGCUUUAUAUUGCUUUUGUAAAAUUAUUGAAGUUAUUUUAUUUGUUCCUGUUAUGAUGUACUUCAUUUGCUUCCACAUCUCUUCCUGUUUCCAUAAUUUAACAUUGAGUCCUUUGCAAUGGGUGUCUGGUAAAAUCUUGACAGUCCUCUCGCCCUGUUGAGAGCAUUUUUUUUUUUUUUUUGGAGUUGACGCCUAUUUUGAAAAGGGGGCAUCAACAUCCAGAACCUGGAGUCAGGCUCCAGUCUACUCUGGCAGAUGUUCAGCCGGGCACAGCUGAACAUAUUGCCAUUUGGGCCAGGGUGGUGGUGUUUAACAGGUUCACGUUCAGGGUGUGAUGAUUUUAUAUGCAGACCAUCUAAAAGCUUUCCAGGUGUGAGAUUUUGCCAUGGUUAUUUUAGUUAAAUGAAAAAAGGAUCUAAAAGGGUGCUGUGGUGGUAACAGUGGAGUCGGUUCAAACAACAGAUCCAGCCCUCUGAAUGAACAAAUCCCUGACAAGAUAAUAACAAGCAUGGGGGGGUUUUCAUCUGAUGUUCACAAUGUUUUCACUUAUUUUUAGUUUUGUUUUGAACAUGUUGGCAUGUAUAUACUAUUAUGUAAUAAAGGGGGUGUAUUUUUAAAAACCUGGUCAGAGUGGGGUUGUUGCAAAUUCAAUAUUUUGGAAAUGUACUGGUAGCCUCUGUGUGCUUUACUUAUGACCUUUAAUUUCCUGACUUUAUUUUAUUUUUUUUAUUUUUUUUUUCCUUGAGGCCUGCUUUUUAUGUUUGGGAUUUUAUUUUGUACAUAAGGAGUGUACACAAUGUAUGACAAGUGUGUUGAAACAUUUGUGUUAUUGUUAACAGGAGCAAAAUCUUUGGUGCAUUUUUUUAAAAAAAAAAAGGCAGAAAAAUCUUAACCAUUUAUGAAUUUAUAGACUGUAUUUCUGUGUAACUUGAUAAAAUGUUUCUUGUUAGCAAAA